AUGAUAGCAAAUAGACUUAGCAGAGUUAUUGAUAAGAUCAUCUCUCUUAACCAAGGUGCUUUUGUCAAAGGCAGGAUAGCGAAGAAUAUCGUCAUUACUCAAGAUGUUGUUCACAAAAUCCGUAAACAUAAGGGGAAGAAGGGUCUGAUGGUUACUAAAAUAGAUUUAAAGAAAGCAUAUGAUAGAUUAGAAUGGAGCUUCAUCAACAAAGCUCUUGAGGUGUGGGGAUUCUCCUCAGACUUUCGGAGGCUGGUUAGGAGCUGUAUCAACUCGGUUAGUUAUUCGCUAUUGUUGAAUGGAAGCAUCAGUGGCUUUCUUAUGCUUGAAAGAGGUAUUCGUCAAGGUGAUCAUCUAUUGCCAUUACUCUUUAUCUUAAGCUUUGAGUUCCUAACAAGAUUGAUUGCGAGAGAAGAGGACCAAAGCAGGCUCCAUGGCAUCAAAGUUGCCUGA